GCUCAGAGGCGGAAGUUCCCGCGGGCUGGGAGGUCGGCGUACGCACCGCAAAUCACUUGUCAGCGCUCGUCUGAAGCGGAGGCAGCGCGGUGCCCGACCCGAGUUUCUUUCACUUCUGGGAUUGGACUUUGAACCUUUAGAACCAUGAGCAACUACACUGUGUCUUUGGUUGGCCCAGCUCCUUGGGGUUUCCGGCUGCAAGGUGGCAAGGAUUUCAACAUGCCUCUGACAAUCUCUAGUCUGAAAGAUGGCGGCAAAGCAUCCCAGGCAAAUGUGAGAAUAGGUGAUGUGGUUCUCAGCAUCGAUGGGAUAAGUGCCAAUGGAAUGACUCAUCUGGAAGCCCAGAACAAGAUUAAGGGUUGCACAGGCUCUUUGAAUAUGACUCUGCAAAGAGCAUCUGCUACAACCAAGUCUGAGCCAGUUCCUGUUCAAAAGCCCACAGUCACCAGCCUGUGUUCCGAGCCUGCUCAGGAGCUAGCAGAGGGACAGAGAAGAGGAUCCCAGGGGGACAGUAAACAGCAAAAUGGGAAAAUCCCGCCGAAACGCCCACCGAGAAAACACAUUGUGGAGCGUAAUACAGAGUUUUAUCACAUACCCACUCACAGUGACGCCAGCAAGAAGAGGCUGAUUGAGGACACUGAAGACUGGCGUCCGAGGACUGGCACCACCCAGUCUCGCUCUUUCCGCAUCCUGGCCCAGAUCACUGGGACCGAACAUCUGAACGAAUCAGAAACUGAUAAUACAAAGAAGGCAAAGUUUGACAGUUCUCUGGAAGACCCGCCUAAGUGUGGACCCCACCCCCCUGCAGCUCCUCAGGUUUUACAUAUCGGUAGCCAAGUAGCCACACUUUCUAAAGCAACUACCUAUUCUAGGCAACCGGUUUUACCUGCUUCUCCUGAAAACACUAAAAUGUCAGGCUCUGGGAGUCUAUCAUCUCUAAGCAGCUCCACAAGAAAUGUGGUGACAAGUUCUUUGGAAGGUUCUCGAAACUUUUCUACCUUCUCCUCUCCUGCUAGAUACAGUGCUGCGGUUCUGAGCAGUGCAGCUGCCACUGUGUCUGCUGUUCUUGCUGCAAAAACCAGGCUCUCCAGUCCUGAAAACUAUCACUCACUCCUGGAUGCACUUUGCAUCAGCCCUGUUUCCAAGCCUUUAGCUUUGUCAUACCUCCAAUCCUUGAGGAAAUCAACUGGCUCUAUCCAUUUUGAGAAAACAAGCAACACCCAGGAGCCUUCUCAGCAUCUGGCUCCAUCAUUAGCUUCAGCACAGAGCAUGCCUGUGAGGCCAGAAAGCCCAGCCUCUGCCAGACCAGGGGUGGCUGGUCUCACAACCGCUGCUGCCUUCAAGCCUCUAGGAUCCACCAGUGCUAUCAAGUCACAAAGCUGGCAACGGCCAAACCAAGCAGCACCUUCCACGGGGAGAAUCUCAAAUAGUGCAGCUUCUUCAGGAGCAGUGACACCGGGCAACUCAGCUGCGGGGCAGCCCCAGCCCAGCGACCAGGACACUUUAGUGCAAAGAGCUGAGCACAUUCCAGCAGGAAAACGAACUCCAAUGUGCGCCCACUGCAACCAGGUCAUCAGGGGACCGUUCCUAGUGGCACUGGGGAAAUCUUGGCACCCAGAAGAGUUUAACUGUGCUCACUGCAAAAAUACAAUGGCCUACAUUGGAUUUGUGGAGGAGAAGGGGGCCCUGUAUUGCGAGCUGUGCUAUGAGAGAUUCUUUGCUCCCGAAUGCGGUCGAUGCCAGAGGAAGAUCCUUGGAGAAGUCAUCAAUGCUUUGAAACAAACUUGGCAUGUUUCCUGUUUUGUGUGUGUGGCCUGUGGGAAACCUAUUCGUAAUAAUGUUUUUCACUUGGAGGAUGGUGAACCCUACUGUGAGACUGAUUAUUAUGCCCUCUUCGGUACUAUAUGUCAUGGAUGUGAAUUUCCCAUCGAAGCUGGCGAUAUGUUCCUGGAAGCUCUGGGCUACACCUGGCAUGACACUUGCUUUGUGUGCUCGAUAUGCUGUGAAAGUUUGGAAGGUCAAACCUUUUUCUCCAAGAAGGACAAGCCACUUUGCAAGAAACAUGCCCAUUCUGUGAAUUUUUGAAAGUCAACAGUUUAGAAGAGAAGAAAUUUGAAGAGAACGAGAAUUAAAAUUACCAGUUAAUUUUUAGGUUGAAUAUUUAUAUGAAGUUUUGAAAAAUAAUAGUGGGCCUGAAGGGAUAAAUUCCAGCUUUAAAAACCAAGUCUAUGAGGAAAUAUUUGGCUUCGUAACGUAAAGAGACAGUUUGGCAUUUAUUAUUACUUUUUUCCUGUAUAUUCUGCUCAUAAAAUAACUUCCAUAAAAAUCAAUUUCCUGGUUAACUAUUAAAUUCAUCUCAGAACAAAUGAAGAAUUACAUUUUUAGAAUAAAAACUCCAACCUCUAUGCUGAAAUAAUUAUGCUUUCUUUCCUUGUAGGUAGUUCCAAGUAAAUCUGUAAAAGGCAAUGAAAAUGCCUUAUACUUUAUCAAUAAGUGAUACGUUGUAUUUUUAAAAAGAUACUGUUUAUCUUUAAAACAGUAAAUAGGAGUUUAAACAGAAUUUUAUCAGUAGUAGUAGGUGUCAGUUUUUAAAAACUAUGUACAUUUUUUUUUGUAUUACAAUUGAUCAUUCCAGUAGGAAAGGUCAAUGAUUUUUGAUCAGAAAGUGUCAUGCCAAUAAAAGAUGCUGUAUUUUUUCUCAUCCUCCUCAAAAGCCAUCCUAUACCUUAUAAAUCUCAAAGUGUUGCAUUUUAUUAAAAUAUGACCGUUUGUAUUCAUCAUGUAUGUUUUAUCGCCUAUAUUAGUCAACCUGUUUUCCCUCUCCUUUAUGCUGAGGUAAAGAGCUAAUUAAAUAACUUUAGACUGUGGCAGCUUUCUCUGCCUACAAAGAGAAUAAGUAGGAAAGAACGUGAUUAGGAAUUGUGGUAAAUCAGAGGAUUGGAUCCAAAAUAUUCCCCUCCCAAAAUUCCCCCUUUCAGAUCAUGAGUCAGUUUCAGAGUUGUAGUAUUGACAAAUGAAGGUUUGAGAACUCUAUUUGCAGAGUAACUUUUUUUUCUUUAAUUCUACAUUAGAAAAUAAAAAAACUGGCUUGGGGAUGUGAUAAAAUCUAGGUUGUUUUUUUCUUUUGAUAGUUCUCUCUCAGUAAUAAAUGAACUACUUCCAAAUGUGGUCAUGAAGUUGGAAAGCUUUUAUUCACAGAUGUUUAACAGUAUAGGAGGCAACAUGGUUAAUUACUGAGACUGGCCCGUUAUUUUCUUCAUUUGGGGCAAAAAUUAUGUAGAAACCACAUGAAGGCAGAGAAACAAUUUGUGUCCUAUUGAUAUUUGCCCAGUGAGAGAAAAGAUUAUGGCAUUUGAUGGGUUUCUCAUUGUUUCCAGAAUGGGUGAAAGCCCAUGGUUUUACUUAGUUAUAAUUUAAAUUUGUUUGGAGCAAGGUGUUUUUACAGUUGAGACUCAUCCCCAAAUCUUUCCUGCCCCAUCACUCACUCAUGACUUCACUUCCCUUGUGUACAUGUUUGUUAUAGAGGGAAGUUGUAGGCUACAAUAUUUUUUUAGCACCCCUAAGAACUUUUCAAGGCAUCGGUCCUGAAAGCUGUUAAUUUAUGGUCUAGCAGAUUGAAAUUAUAUGCAGAUAAUAAUUAACUAGGGAUAAAAGAAUGAGAAAAGCGAUGCAAAGUGGCAAACUGAGUACUUCACCGGUAACAAGCCCAGACCACCUCCUCACCCUGCACCUUGUAGGGAGGCAGGAAGGUUUUAUUUUAUUUUUUUAAGUGUUGGAACUGAAGUGUCAUUAUUUCUCAUUGCUGCUGAAACCACCUACAGAAGACAUGCUGGCUAAUGUGCAUUGCCACAUACCUAAUGUCAGCCUUUUGCUUUACAGAAUAUAAAAUAAGUUGGUAGUCUUGUUUUGGUAUGGUA